AUGGCUACGAAUGGCGCGCGAAAGGCAUCCUCAGCCACAGAUUCCGGAGGGAGCUCCAGCCUACUGGAAACAAGCGCAGUAAAAGAUGUCGUCAAAUCGGAGAAACCAAGAAUCAAGUUGAAGAUCAAGAAGCCGGUCCCGAAGCCAUCGAUCCCUGGGAAUUGGAAAGAAAGCGAUGCGACAAGUACGUCUGCCGUAACGCGCUAUGUUGAGAACAAAGCGACCGCACCAUCGACUACUUCGCCAGUAAUCAACCCUCUUGACGAGAAAACUAUAGCUGGUUUUCCCAGCGGCCUGCCCCUAGACGACAAGGUAGACACAGUACAGUGCAAGCACUGUCGUCGACCUGUUCUCCGUGCAUCUUCGGCUGCACACAUUCGCGACUGCUUGAACAAGAAGCAAGAGAAGCUCAAGAAGAAGAAAGAGGCCAAGGAGGCUAAAGACGCAGCUCUCAGGAAAGAGAAAGGCGAAGACGACGAGGGCGGCAAAUCACGCAAGUCAGCCAUCAAGGGUGCUUCGAUAGACGGCGAUGGCGCAAAGAAGGGCAAGAAGCGGAAGCUUGAUGGAGAUGCAGAGAAAGCACCUAACGCUAAGAAAAAGAAGAAGGAUGAACCCAAGCAGAAGGGAGCAAAGCUCAAGGGCCCGGUCGAUGUCGAGAGGCAGUGUGGUGUUUCUCUGCCAAACGGUGGAUACUGUGCAAGAAGUCUGACCUGUAAGAGCCACAGCAUGGGUCUCAAGCGGGCUGUCCCAGGACGAAGUCUGCCGUACGACAUGUUGCUGGCGCAGUAUCAGAAGAAGAACCAGGCUAAGAUCCAACGAUCUCUUAUCGACGCAAACGCGCCCCUUCCGGAAGAUCUCGAGCCAUCAGGCGCUGUCGAUUCCGACGAAGAAAAAGACUCUAUAAUGGCUGCCCUCGCCCGACACCGACCGCGACCCAUGGCAACGUACACGCAUACCUCGCAACGCUCGAAGUACCAAUACAUCCGCAUGAAAGGCAUGAUCCGCUCAGCGCUUGGCGCACCUCCAGGCGGAGGUGGAUCCAUGUUUUCAGGCGGUGACAACAUGAGUACCGGUCGUGGCAUGGCUCUCGGCAUGAUGGGCGCACCACUUAGCGCAACCAACGAGCACUUCCCACAAAGCGCUGGAUUCGGUGCACCACUGAGCGCUGGUCUGGACAGCGGAGCAGGAAGCAGGAGACCAAGCGCUAUUGGUGCUGGUGGGCCUCGGCAAAUACUGCCCGGUCAACUACCAGGUCCUGGACAACAACGGAAGGGCAGCAUGGCGAGUGUUGGCGCUACCUAG